CAAAUAAAAUCAAGAAACGUUAAAAUGACUAGCCAAAAUCAAGAAGUGCAACUUUCCAAAACGAUCCUAGAAAUGAAAUUCAUGAAGAAAACCAAAGAGAAGGUCGAGAAGGCGCUGGAAGACAAAGAAGGGAAUGCUAUGUACUCGAAUGAGAUUACUGAAGAAAUGAGACGCAGUGGGAAUUUAGUUUUCGUAUCGACGAGCAUAACUAAUUGCAAAAAUUUGAUAGACGGUAGGCUCUCAUUCGGCGGAAUGAACGCGGAUAUAGAAAAAAUUAUGGCCAACGAAUUUGCUAAACUAGUCGAACAGGAGGAGAAGAAAAAAGAAAAGGACGUUACGGACGUCGAGAUGGCGCAAGGAUACUCUACGUUAGUCAAUAACAUGGCAAAGAAGUUCAAUAAGAAAUCGAAAAACAAGAAUAAAAAAUCCAAAAAAGGAAAUGAUCAAGUUGAAUAAUUAAUAUAUCUAUAGGUAUAAUGUUUAGUACAAUUCCAGUAUAUCCUCGUAUGAUAAUCGUCUAAUUGCAUCUACAUGCUAUUUAGGAUAUUAUAUUGCGGGGGCAUAAUGGAAUAGUACCUUCUGUUCUUAUAUUUAUUCUUAGAUUAUUUUUAAUACAGUUUGGUUUUUA